AAAUCAUUGCAAAGCACCCGAUUAUGACAUGUGGAAGCUCUACCAGCCGAGUAGUCGAUGCGGCAUCAAAUGUCUUCGAUUCCUCAACCCGCGUUGUGGCAAUGGCACCAGGCGAAUUACCUGCCCCUCACCCGGUGAGCAGGACUCCAAGGUCGUCGAGCUGUCGGUGGGGAGAGUGAAAGGUCGCCGGCAGAGCGGUAUCUACGGGGAUGUGUUCUACAGUUUCGAGGGAAUUCCCUUCGCCAAGCCUCCUCUUGGGCAGCUCCGCUUCGUGGCAUCUCAACCAGCGGAUAGGUGGCUUUCGGAGCUGGAUGCCAGGCAGGAGGGCCCCAUUCCCUUGCAGAUGGAUAGGCGGACGGGAAAAGUCAUCGGCAGCGAGGAUUGCCUGUACCUAAAUGUGUACACCAAACAUUUUGAUGAAUCGCAGAGACCCCUGCCCGUAAUGGUGUACAUCUACGGCGGAGGAUUUCGCACGGGCGGCGCUAUAAGAGGUAAAUACGGCCCGGACUAUCUGAUGAGCAAGGAUGUGGUGUACGUGCUAUUCAACUAUCGCCUCUGCUCCCUGGGAUUUCUGAGCAUGCCGAGUGGCGAGUCGAAUGUUCCGGGCAAUGCGGGACUUCAGGACCAGCUGCUAGCUCUUCAAUGGGUUCGCCAGCACAUCCGGAACUUCAACGGAGAUCCGGAGAACAUUACCCUUUUUGGUGAGAGUGCCGGGGCUGCCUCGGUACACUUUAUGAUGUGUCUGCCUCAGGCGAAGGGUCUCUUCCACAAGGCCAUCAUGAUGUCUGGUUCGAUGCUAAGUCCCUGGGUGGAUGCGCCCGAAAGAGAGAGUUUGUUCUGCCGCCUGGCCAUGGCUGCAGGGUAUCAAGGACCCGUGGAGGAGUCCUCCGUGCUGACUUUCCUGCGAAGCGUGAAAGCAGAAAAGCUGAUGGGUCACGACUUCAUCUCACCGCGCGAUCGCUGCUUUGGGUUUCUCAACCCCUUUGUUCCCGUCGUAGGAGGCCUCAUUCAAGCCCCCUUCGAGCAGCUAAUGAAGAAGGCGUGGUCCUGCCAAGUGCCUCUGCUGCUGGGCGGCACUUCCUUCGAGGGCCUGGUGUGCUAUCCCUUUUGCCGCCUGGACAAUGGAUACAUGCUGGAUCUGCUCAAAGCGGAACCGGCGAUGGUCCUGCCCCACGAGCUGUAUCAAUCGAUGAGUCCCGAGGAGCGCGUCUCCGCCGCGGAAGUGCUGGUGAAGCAUCACUACGGACCCCGGGGAAUCACCAAGUGCAAUAUCACACAGAUCCUAGAUAUCUUCAGCUACAAGCUAUUCUGGCACGGCAUCCACAGAGCGGUCCUCUCCAGAUUAUCCCACGCCCAAGCACCAACCUAUCUAUACCGGUUCGAUUUCGACUCGCCAAAGUUGAAUCUGAUGCGAAACCAGCUGUGCGGCGAUGACAUCAAGCGCGGAGUUUGUCAUGCGGACGACUUGGGCUACAUUUUCCACAAGCAGGGCCAAAUGAGGCAGCCUUUUGACUCCGCGGAAUACCUGACCAUCCAGCGAAUGAUGGGCAUAUUGACGACCUUUGCCAGGACCGGGGAUCCCAACUGUCCGGAGUCGGGACCGGAUCAGUGGCUACCCGUCUCCCCAAAGUCCCCGUUUAAGGUCUUAAAUAUUGCACAGGAGGCGGAGUGUGUAACGCAAUUCGAAAAGGAAGGUCUGGAAGUGUGGAAUCGGCUAUAUAGUAAUGCGAAGUAGUACAGGCAAUUUGGGACUGAAAGUAUAUUUUGCUAUAAUUUUUGUAACUACCAUGCAAAUGUAUUACAAAAAAAAUAAUUUAAAAAACCUUUGCACGUUUAGUGGUUUAACUUAUAAAAAUAAUUUGAAAAGUA